AUGGAAGAUGAUGAAGAUGGAGUAUCUACACCUAGAUUACCAAUGAGCAAUACUAGUUCACAUAAAAUCAAAAAGAUUAGAUUUGGAGAAUUCGAUAUUGAUACUUGGUAUUCUGCUCCUUAUCCUGAAGAAUAUCAGAAUUCUCCAGAGGGAAGAUUAUGGUUAUGUGAAUUUUGUCUGAGGUAUAUGAAGAGUGGUUUUGUUGCGGGGCGUCAUAAGAUGAAAUGCAAAACCCGUCACCCACCAGGAGACGAAAUCUAUCGAGAUGGUAAUUUAUCAAUCUUCGAAGUAGACGGUAGAAAAAACAAAAUCUAUUGUCAAAACUUAUGUCUAUUGGCGAAAAUGUUUUUAGAUCAUAAAACUUUAUAUUACGACGUUGAACCUUUUUUAUUCUACGUAGCUACUGAAGUCGAUGAAAUCGGAGCUAGGUUUUUAGGUUAUUUCAGUAAAGAAAAGAGAAGUUUGGAGAAUAACGUUAGUUGUAUAAUGACUUUACCUGUUAGACAGAGGAAAGGUUGGGGACAGAUGUUGAUUGAUUUUAGUUAUCUAUUAUCAAAGAAAGAAGGACGUGUGGGAUCACCUGAAAAACCUUUAAGUGGAUUAGGUCAAGUAGCUUAUCAACGUUAUUGGACAUUGAAAGUAUUUGAAUAUUUGAGUAAUGUUUCUGAAAAGGAUAAUGUCACAAUGGAAGGUUAG